AUUAAGGAUACUCACCGCUGAUGCCUGGAUGACAACCAUCACCCAGAUACUGAGGGGUGAACAUGGAAAAAUCUGGCACAGCAACCACUGGGUAGGCGACAGUGAUGCAACAGUAGGUGUAGGGCAGAGCUGCACUGUCCACUACAGAGAGGAGGAGCAUGCCACCCCUCUAUAUAAGGCUUGAAAGCCUGUCCCUCCUGGAUCUGUCCCUGAUCAUCCUCUCCUCCCCCACUGAGAUUUCCAAACCGUAUCCCUGUGCCCUCCUCAUCUCCCAUCACUCUGGUCCGAGGGAUCCCAGAGGCUUUUUUGCUCUUCCACUGUCCUAUCAUCAUCUCUCUCCCUCCUUGGUCGAGAGGGCCGCCACAUCAUACCUGGCCUCCUGUAGAGUCACAUCACUGUGAAGGCACCUACCUAACUACCUACCUGCACCUUUUGACUACUUUGACGCUUUGUUUCUGGGACGAGGCUCAAGAUGCCGGAGCCCACCAAGAAAGAUGAGACGCCAAAUGGCCAGCCCGAAGAAAGUGUUGCCCCAGACAGUAACGGUGCCCUGCCCCUACCUGAGAUUUCCCUGGAGGUUUCUCCACCCCCAGAAGCGGUAGCAGAGGGGAAAGAGCCAGUAGAGACUGAUGGGAAGAAACCAGAGCCUACAGAGCCUGAGCCAUCACAGGCUGUGGUGGCUCAGGAGCCGAGCCCUGCCGAGAACGGCUCAAACCAACCACAGACUGGUGGGGUUGGGGUAAAAGAGCAAGCAGAGUCUGAUAACGCUACUGUUAAGGAAGAGGUCCCUUGCUCUCCCCCACCACCUGAAGAAGCCAAUUCACUCAAGAAACUCUCUAUUGAGCUGCCCAAUGAUAGCGUCCCUGUGCCAGCCAUGGGGAGAAAAGACUCAGUGUGGUCGCUGGGAGAGGGCCAGGCCCCCGAGGACCUGGAAAAGCCUAUUGACACCCCGCCACUGUCCACGCUGCUGAUAGAGAAACCCUCCAGUGCCACUGUCACUGUAGGCGGAGACGUCGUCUUUGUUGCCAAGGUGGAGGCCAAAGAUCUUCUCCGCAAACCCACCAUCAAGUGGUUUAAAGGAAAAUGGAUGGAUCUGGCCAGCAAGACGGGAAAGCACUUGCAGCUCAAGGAGACCUUUGACCGAUUCACCAAGAUCCACACGUUUGAAAUGCACAUCAUCAAGGCCAAAGACAACUAUGCUGGAAACUACAGGUGUGAAGUCAGCUACAAGGACAAGUUUGACAGCUGUUCCUUUGACUUGGAAGUUAAAGAGGCUGAACAGGGCUCACAGAGUAUUGAUAUUCGAUCAGCUUUCAAAAGAAGCAGUGAAGGACAAGACGAUGCAGGGGAGCUUGACUUUAGUGGUCUCCUUAAACAUAGAAAUCAAAGGGAGGUGAAACAGCAGGAUGACACCCCAGAUGUCGAUGUCUGGGAGAUCCUGAAGAACGCCCGCCCAGAUCAGUACGAGAAGAUUGCCUUUAUGUACGGCAUCACAGAUCUGAGGGGUCUGCUGAAGAGGAUGAAGAAGAUUCCGAAAGAGGAGAAGAAAAGCGAAGCCUUUGCAAAGAAACUCGAACCGGCGUAUCAGGUGGACAAAGGUGGAAAGAUCCGCUUGGUGGUCGACCUGGCCGACCCGACAGUUGAGCUGAAGUGGUACAAGAACGGACAGGAAAUCAGGCCCACGCCCAAUCAAAGGAAGUAUAUCUUUGAGCAUAAGGGCACACAAAGGAUCAUGGUCAUCAACAACUGCUCCAUGAUGGAUGACGCAGCCUAUUCUGUAGCUGCGGGAGACGAGAAAUGCUCCACAGAGCUGUUUGUGAAAGAAUUGCCCAUCAAGAUCGUUAAAGGUAUUGAGCCUGUGAAGACCACAGUGAAUGAGAGGAUUGAGCUGGAGUGUGAGGUGUCAGAGGAAGGUGCUCAGGUCAAAUGGAUGAAGAACGGCGUUGAGGUUCCAACUGGAGUGCGCUCCAGAUACCGAGUGAAGUGUGAAGGAACUAAACACUUCUUGGUGAUUGAUGACGCCUCCAAAGAGGACACUGGGACGUACUCCGUCAUGGCUUCUGGUGGCACAUCUGAGGCUCACGUACAGGUUGACUUGAAGCCAUUGAAGAUUUACCAGGACCUGCAGGAUAUGACGGUGAAGCUGGGUGAACCCAUUAAACUCCACUGUGAGAUUUACCCCGGCAACGUCCCUGGUCGCUGGUACAGGAAUGGACAGCUAAUCCAACCCAGUGACCGCCUCAACAUCAUUCACAGAAAUAAGAUCCAUCGUCUUGAAAUUGCGACCAGCUCCCUUCACGACGCAGGAGAUUACACUUUUGUACCUGAGGGAUAUUCACAGAGCCUCUCAGCCAAAAUUCACAUCAUUGACCCACCGAGGGUGCACUUGGACAGCUUGAACUUCCCCGACAACACGGUGACAAUUGUGGCAGGAAACAAACUUCGCUUGGAGAUCCCCAUCAGUGGAGAACCAGCUCCCAGAGUGGUGUGGAUGAAGGGAGAGAGGGUGAUUCUUGAGUCGGGCCAUCGUGUCCGAGCUGAAACGUACGGCGACCAGACCAGCCUGACGAUUGAAGUCACAGAGCGGGAGGACAGCGGCAACUACAAGAUAGUCCUGCAGAAUGAGGCUGGCGAAGACACGGCCAGCGUCAAGAUCAAGGUUGUCGACAUCCCUGACGCUCCAGAGGCUCCUUUGGUCCCUGUAGUGGGCGGUGAUUGGUGCUCUAUGACAUGGGAACCACCAAAAUAUGAUGGAGGUUCACCAAUAUUAGGCUACUUCGUCGAGAGGAAGAAGAAACAGAGCUCCAGGUGGAUGAGGCUGAACUUUGACCUGAUCAAAGAAACACAGUUCGAACCCAAGAAGAUGAUUGAAGGAGUACCAUACGAGGUCCGCAUCUUCGCCGUCAAUGCCAUUGGUGUGUCCAAGCCGAGUGAACCGUCGAAAGCCUUUACCCCCCUCGCUGUGACCAGCGAGCCCACCAUGCUGGUCGUGGAUGACGUCACCGACACCACAGUGACUGUAAAAUGGCGUCCUCCUGAAACCAUCGGAGCUGCCGGUCUGGACGGAUACUUGGUGGAGUACUGCAUAGAAGGAACUGAUGACUGGGUAAUAUCCAACAAGGAGCUGACAGAGAAGACCAAGUAUACCAUCACUGGGCUGAGUCCGGGGUGUAAAAUCUUAGUUCGAGUCAAAGCCCUCAACGCUGCCGGAGCCAGCGCUCCACGCACCCUUCAGCACUCCAUCCUGGUCAAAGAGGUUGUCGAACCUCCCAAGAUCCGCGUCCCCCGACACUUGAAGAUGACAUACACUCGCAGGGUUGGAGAAGCAGUCAACCUUGUUGUGCCAUUUAUGGGCAAACCCAGGCCGAAGGUCACCUGGCUGAAGGACGGCCAGGCCAUAGAGCCAACACACGUCAACAUCCGCAACACAGACUGCGACAGCAUCAUCUUCAUACGUAAGGCCGAACGCAGCCACUCUGGGAAGUAUGAGAUGAGUGUACAGGUUGAAAACCACAAGGACACGGCCAUCAUUGACAUACAGAUCGUAGACCUCCCUGGACCUCCUCAGGCUGUUACAAUCGAAGAUGUUUGGGGAGGAAAUGUUGCUCUGGUAUGGACUCCUCCAAAAGACAACGGCAACGCCCCGAUAACAGGCUACACCAUUCAAAAAGCAGACAAGAAGACAAUGGAGUGGUACACGUGCAUUGAGCAUUACCAUCGCAACUGCAUCACCAUCACGGAGCUGGUGGUUGGAAACGAGUACUUUUUCAGGAUCUUUUCAGAGAACAUGUGCGGCCUGAGCGAAACUGCCACCCAAACCAAAAAGAGUGCCCUCAUCGUCAAAGAAGGCAUGCAGCUGAAAAUACACAAUUUCGAAGACCACGACUUCAAAGAGGCGCCAAAGUUCACGCAGCCGCUGAUCAACACUUUCGCCAUCGCCGGCUACAACGCGACGCUAAACUGUAGUGUCCGUGCCAACCCGAGGGCCAAAGUGAUCUGGAUGAAGAAUAAGAUGAUCAUCGUCGACGACCCGCGCUACCGCAUGUUUAGCAACCAGGGAGUAUGUACCCUGGAGAUCAGGAAGCCCAGCCCCUAUGAUGGGGGUAUGUACACCUGCAAGGCCAUCAACGAUCUGGGAGAGGCCCAAGUGGACUGCAAGCUGGAGGUCAAAGUCCAAACUCAAGAAUUGUGAAUGUAUGUUCUCAUAUAAGGAGGCUUCACCUUUUACGAACUCAUGCAACGCGGAGUGCCCCUACACCUGAUUGACAAAUAUAUGAACGAGUCCAAGAUUGUCGAGCAGGAGAAGUAAAAUCGGUCAGAGCGCAAUGAGAGACUUUAGCUUUGCAGACAUUUGCCGCCACCAGUGAUCCUCUCUUCUCCCACCUGCUGAGGUCAGCGGCCUGAACGUGGAGGGAUGGAUGAUGGAGGGAACGCGGGACUGUUUGAGGGAAUGAAGGGGAGGGUGUACUGGUCUGUGGUGUGGCAUGCUGUGUGCAGGUUUUGAAGCUAGUUACCAUAGGAAAUAAAAGCCAGUUCGCAUCUUUGCCACCCUCUUGUGUUUGAAAGACUGUGUCAGCUCAGAUGCAUGUCAGCAGUGUUUUGGUUCAGUGUGUAAAAAAAAGGGGGGGGUGGGGGUGGGGGGUAACAAAGCACAAAUAAAUCACAGUAUCACAAUAUUUACAUGUUGAUUUUUGUUGGGAGCGUCUGCUGAAGAUGGCAAUUUAUUUCUGGGAGCUGUAAGAAGAGAAAAGGGAAUGUAUAAACAAAGAUUUGGUGUUUGUAUGGUGUGUCAGAACUUCUAUAUGGAAAGAAAAAUAUAAAUAGAUCAGAGUAAUGUUGGAUAAAUGAAUGUGUAGACCCUUUCAAGUUAAUAUUCACAUUUCACUCAUUUUGUGUUGAUUAUUUAUGUGUAAUAAGUGGCAAAAUGUAGAGGUUUACACAGAGUCCAUAAUCUGCAUGACACAUUAUGCUUUUUGGAUUCAUAUUGGGCUGGAGGCUUGAUGCUCGGUCAUGUGUGCAUGCAUUUGUCUUUGUAAUUAUGUCUCAUGCAUUACAAUAAAAAAAGUAAUGUGGAAAAAAC